AUGGAUGAUAUUGACUUUGAUGACUUUUUCGAACCCGAGGAAGAAAAUGUCGACGACUUUAAUUUCAUCGAUCCAUCGAUAUUGAAACAAUUCCAACGCAGAAUUUCUUGUGAAAUAAAACUUUCAGAUGACGAUGAAAUUUACGGAGAAAAGGCGACGAGAAAAUUUGAAUUUCAAAUUCAAGUCAAUCGCAUUUUGCAAAUUUUCGAUGAAAUGAUCGAGAAGAUUGAAACGCUUUUAUGCAUUCAAGAGUUUGUAAAAGAUAGAAAACUUAUGGAGAAAUAUUUCAAUGAUAGUGAUAUCAAUAAUUUAACAAAAUAUUGUUCAGGAAAGGAUUUGGAAGUUGACAUGAAUGAUGAGAAGGAAAGCGAGAAAAUCAGUCAGCUGAUUCAAUCACUUUUGAAUUCAGAUUUGCAUAAACACGUCGACAGCUACAAGAACAACAUUUCACUCCAGAAGAAAAUGCUUUUUUCAAGCAUUAAAGAAUUGCGCAACAUAAUCGAUUUACGUCUCCAGUUGACUGCACCAAAAGAAUUGAAAAAAGAACAAAUUCUUCAUCAAAUGUGGAAGAAGUACGGGAAAACAAAAGAGAAAAUUGCGACGCUUCGCGAGAAAUGGAUUUAUCGAAAGCAGAAUUUCGAGGAGAAGAUGCAAGAUAAAUACGAAACGAUUGAAAGAUUCAAAAGGGAAAUUGAAAUGCUGAGAAAGCAGAAUGAGACUGAAAUUCAAAAUCGAAUACAAGAAUCAAACGUCAACAUUGUCGAAUUAUGUGAGGUGAAAGAUCAUGCGAUUGCACAAAAGUUUAAAGCAGCUGAACAGUCGAAAGUAAUGUACAAUGAAUUCUUACACGCCAAUUUAUCGCGAGAAAGAAAAUUGCGUGAACAAAAACAAAAAGCGGUACAAGCCUUUCAAGCCAUCUUGCAUAAAUACGAUAUAGAAGUUGGAGAAGAACGUACACGUGAGCUUGAUGACUUACAAAACGCACUUGAACUGCAGAGAAAGGAAUUUGCUACAUGGAAAGAGAGCGUCUGUGAACCGCAAAUUAAAUUACACGCACAUUUGAUGCACGAGAGGGAUGAAGCUGAAAGAAGAGAAAUGGAACAGUCGAUGAUGAUCUUCAUGAUGAAUCGAUCAGCUAAAAUUCUACAGAAAUAUUGGCGUAACUUGGUAGCAAAACGCAGGAAGAAAAAAGGCAGACGAGGUGGAAAAAAGAAAUAA